AGUAGAGCAUUUUUGGAGAGAAAAACGACUAAGGAAAUACUUCUCAUUCAGUGCAAAGCCAGCGUUUGUGUUGACUGUUCAGAGUCCACGAACUCGGGCUUCUGUUGCAGGCUUUGGCAACCCCCCACACACAUCUCAGUUUUUUACAGUUUCCCGGUUGCAGAGAAACAGAAAUGGCUUAUCACAGCUUUCUGCUUGAACCUAUCAGCUGCCAUGCCUGGAACAAGGACCGGACCCAAAUUGCACUUUGUCCUAAUAACCAUGACGUCCAUAUUUACAAAAAGGAUGGAAACAACUGGAACAAAAUCCAUGUGCUAAAGGAACACAAUGGGCAGGUGACAGGCAUUGACUGGGCUCCAGAGAGCAACCGCAUUGUCACCUGCGGUACCGACCGUAACGCCUAUGUGUGGACGCUAAAGGGGGACACAUGGAAGCCCACCCUUGUCAUUCUCAGGAUCAAUCGUGCUGCACGCUGUGUAAAAUGGUCUCCCAAAGAAAACAAGUUUGCUGUUGGCAGUGGCUCACGUCUGAUCUCAGUGUGCUAUUUUGAGCAGGAAAAUGACUGGUGGGUGUGCAAGCACAUUAAGAAGCCCAUCCGCUCCACCAUUCUGUGUUUGGACUGGCACCCCAAUAAUGUGCUGUUGGCAGCUGGAUCAUGUGACUUUAAAUGCAGGAUCUUUUCUGCUUACAUCAAAGAAGUAGAGGAGAAGCCAGCUGCGACAGCAUGGGGCUCUAAAAUGCCAUUCGGAGAGGUCAUGUUUGAAUCCACUGGAACUUCCGGCUGGGUGCAUGGCGUCUGUUUCUCAGACAGCGGGAACCGUGUGGCCUGGGCCAGCCAUGACAGCACCGUAGCUGUGGCAGAGGGUGGCAAGACCACUGUAUUGGCCAAUCUGACUUCAGAAACCUUGCCUCUUUUGUGCGUGACCUUCAUUACGGAGAACAGUCUAGUGGCAGCUGGUCAUGACUGCUACCCAGUGCUCUUUGUCUAUAAUUCGGAUAAAGCCGCCCUAUCUUUCGGUGGUAAACUGGAUGUGCCCAAACAGAGCGCUCAGAAGGGCAUGACAGCCAGGGAGCGCUUUCAAAACCUGGAUAAGAAAGCCACCAGUGACACCAAAGAGGCCGUCCUGGAGUCUGUGCACAAGAACAGCAUCAGCCAAAUUUCAGUUCUUGGUGGGGGAAAAGCAAAGUGUACCAAAUUCUGCACCACUGGUAUGGAUGGAGGAAUGGCUAUUUGGGAUGUUAAGACCCUCGAAUCUGCAAUGAAGGACCUCAAGAUUGUCUAAUAGUGCAAUAGCAUACUCCAGAACAUUUUUUUUUAUUACAUGCUUUUUGCCAUUUUCAUAGCUUUCUCUUCAUUUUAUAAAGAUAUAUAUUUUGAUAAACAGCCUUGGUGAUGUAAGGAUUUUAUGAUGAUAAGACUUAGAAAACAGGUUCUGGAUGAACCAAAAAGCUUUAUACUUUUACCUAAUUGAUAUGCUGGUCAUAAAUGCUUUCCUACUUGCAGGUACGUUGCUUUGAAUCUUAAGAAACAGUUUAUACUAAUAAAAAAUAUGACUGAUUGUUGUGGUGCAGCAUGCUGAAUGUUUUUCUGUUAACCCAUUAACUGCAGCCAGGCCCGGCUCUACGGGGGACCAGAGUGGGCCUGGCCCACCCAAUCAGAGACUUGGUCCACCCUGGCUCCACACCACAUAACAGACAAUCUUUUGGCCAAAAAUGUGUAAUGUUGAACAAUAUUUACAGACAUGAGAAUAAUUCUUAAGGAAAACAGCAUUUCAGAUACAAUUUUAGUUUGUAACAAGUUUGUUUUAGUUGAUGUAAAUUAUUUUAAAAGAACUGCCCCUUUUAAACAAAACAUUACAAGAAUAAACCCAAUUCUUACAGUUCAUGCUUCACUCAAGUAACAGGUGUGUUUUAGUUGAUAAAUAAUUAUUUUGAAAGAACUGGCCCUUUUUUAUCAAAUUUAAAGUUAAUUAAUUAUUUAAAUAAUUAAUUAAUUACUUAAUUUAUACAAGAUUUGUUAAGUGGUCAAAAUAAAAUAUUACAAAUGCAAAAGACAAAAUGUAAAAAAUAAGCAUGUUAACCAUUAUAUAUAUAUAUAUAUAUAUGUAUAUGUAUGUGUUUCUAAAUAGUUCCAAAAUAUGUACAAAAAAAUAUUAAAAAUGAAGAAAGCACAAACACAACAAUAACAAACAACCCUAUAAUUGUCUUAGAUAUAUGAUAUUAAAACUAUAGAUGUGUGAGAUUUAAGCAUUAAAGAACCCCCCCAAUCUGACCGGCCCACCAGGAAUAUCACUUGGCCCACCUUUCGUCUCAUAUCUGGAGCCGGCCCUGACUGCAGCUAUUUUAAAUAUCUAUAACAAAGAUAUAAUAAUGCUGCUUUUUUAACAUUUAUUAAUUGAUACGGUUGAUCAUUACAGCACACAAAUAAAUAAAAUGCUAAUUAAAUAAACUUUUUCAACAGAGGGUUUAUUUAAUCUUUAUAUGGAACAAUUUACAUUUUAUACAAAAAUCAUUAUAAAACUGAUUAAAGUGGCUUUGGGGCAUUAGAGCUUACUGGCUGAUGAGGACACAAGUCGAUUAAUGAUGUUGACGUGUGUUAUGCAUCA